UACAAUUUCGUCUGACAUCAUUUUUGUAAGUCUUCAUCAUAGUGACCAUGUGCGUACGAUCAAUUGGUUCCAAAAUAUCUUCCGUAAUUACUUUUAUCAUCAGUGUUUUAUUCUUAACAUCACAUGUGGAUGCAGCGAGGAUUUUUGCACUUUUUCCAUGGCCGGCGUAUAGCCACCAGGUACUUAAUCACCAAUUAUCUAUGGGCCUGGCCAAGAGGGGACACGAACUAACAGUGUUUACAACGAAUCCAAUGAAUCUUCACAUUCCCAACUACACAGAGCAUUCCUUGAGUCAUAUUUACCCUAUUGUUCGUACAAACUUGAACUACAUAGACAGAGGAAAAGAAGGGUUAGUGCAUCAUUUCAAGUCAUUCGUCAAAGUGACUGAAAUGAUGGCUGAUACAGUAUACUCAAAUACUGAUCUGAAAGAUUAUGUGUCACCAAACUCUACUAAAAAGUUUGAUCUCGUAAUCAUAGCAUCUGUUUACGUCGAUUCACUCUAUUAUAUCUCUCAUCUAUUGAAUGCACCUUUGAUCGUCACGGUUACAACACCAGGCUUCGCUUUCAAUUAUUUCGAAAUAGGUAAUCCUACAGUUCCUGCAUGUUUUCCGGAUGUCAACUUGGGUUACUCCGACCAUAUGGAUUUCCGACAAAGAUUGGAAAAUUUGCUGCACAUAAUUCGUCAAUGGUAUGAUUACCACUAUGUAUCAGGUCCAGCACACGGACGAGUCCUGAGGAAACAUUUUGGUGAUGUUCCAUCAAUAGAAGACGUCAGGCGUCGCAUCAGCAUGAUGUUUCUCAAUACACAUCCACACCUCCAUUAUCCCCGUCCAAUGCCUCCGAACAUUUUGCAAAUCGGAGGAUUAAGAAUGGGAUUGAUGAAUAAGACUCUGCCAGAAGAAAUAAAAAGCAUUUUAGAUGAUGCCAAGCAGGGAUUCAUAUAUUUUAGCCUUGGAUCGAGUGUCAAUAGUAGUCAGUUAAGAUCUGAGAUAUUGGAGAACAUCAUCGGUGCUUUCAGUGAGCUGCCGUAUCUGAUUGUAUGGAAAUUCGAUUCAGACUUACCUCUACAUCAACCGAGCAAUGUACUCAUUUGGAAAUGGAUUCCGCAACAUGGAGUUCUAGCGCACCCGAAUAUUAAAUUAUUUAUCUAUCAAGGAGGCUUGCAAAGUACUGAAGAGGCAAUUGAAUGCGGUGUACCACUUCUAGGGAUUCCAAUCAUUCUUGAUCAAUAUUUCAAUAUGGAAGCAUUGAAACGCAAGGGGAUCGCAGAGUCGUUGGAUUUGUACACGAUGACUAAGGGCGAGAUCAAAGACAAAAUCUAUAAAGUUAUAUCAAAUCCAAAGUAUAAGGAAAAUAUGGAAAAACUCGGGACUAUUUUACGGGAUAGACCUCGACAUCCAUUAGACGAAGCAAUCUGGUGGAGUGAGUACGUAAUCAGACACAAGGGCGCUCCGUAUUUUCAAUCGCCGAGGCUACCUUGGUACCAGCAUCACAUGAUCGAUAUCUACGCAUUGUUUAUCGUUGGAUUACUGGUUUUAUGCUACCUUCUUUGGAAGGCUAUACAAUUUAUUAUCAUUAGACCUCAAACUCAUGUUGGUUCAAUUCACAAGAAAGUCUUGACGAAUUCUUUGAAAUGGGAGAAAGUGAAAAAUUCCUGAAUAGGUCAGAACUGUGCAUCUUGCAAUGAGCUUAUUCUAUUAUUCGGGCCCGCACACGGAAAGAAUAUGACAAUUUUUGUUAAUACGAUACAAUACUCUACUCUAUUAGUUGACCUGAAAAAAAUUGAAAAUUUUCGGUAAUUUUAUAAAUUAUUGUUUAGGAGGUCAAAAUGGCCGGAAAUUGGUCCAAGUUGAGAUGAAUUAAUUUUCCCUCCUCCAUAAUACAAUAUUGUUCUCGCAAUAAAUACCGUUCGCAUUUAAUCUUGGAGUCACAUUAAGGACGUAAACAACAUCAACAACUCUAUGAGACCGUGAUUAUGCUUUUCUAACGAACAAUUCCUCCGCUGUUCUUCUAACAGCUAGAAGUUCGAAAACAUUUAUACUGUCUAAAUAACUGUGAAAUCUCUGAGGAUACAUACUCACAUAUUAUUUCACUUAUAGGUAUUGCACUCCAACAAUUAAAAUCUAUAUUGAUGUUUACAGAAUGAAUCUCUUAUGAAUCUACGGAUUUAUCGUCAAAAUAAUGUUGAGUAAUUCCCAGUUCUGAAACAAAGCCAAGUUACCACGCAAAUAGCAACUCGAUACUUGUCCCGGAGACUCAAUUCAUCAAGGGAGACUUCUGAACGAAUGGAAAGGUCCCCAACGCAAUAUGUCUAACAAUUUUUGCCCAAUAGAAUAGCUAUAUUGCCGAUUGUACUGAAUCACGGAAAAUAAUUUUUCGAAAUGAAUAUACUAACAAGUCAUGGCUUGCAAAAGGUUGUGAAUUCGAUUCCCUGUGGAACCGAAUUUUUCAACGAAAGCCUUUGGCGAGCGGGCGGUUGCUAAUAGAGUAACCGGCGGUACCGACAUGAGUUUCCUAUGGUUUCCCAUGCUACUCCUAUGAUCUAUAGGAGUACGAAUGCGGUACAGUAUAGAAUCCACAGCCGCGUGCGUAGGGUUAGAUAGAGUGCCGAAAGGAGACCUGACAAGAAAACUCAAAAGGCUGUAAAAAAAAAAUUUCAUUGAUUCUCAUUGUUUUCGGUGACGACCUGCAGUCAUUGAAUUUCUUUGUUUUUCGAAAAUCAGUUAAUAUCAAAUCUCUGAAAUGUAGACAUCAGUUAAU